CGAAUGGUCGAGCGUCAUUCAGUAUUAGUCGGGUGCUCACGAGAACGGCCCACGUAUCUUUUUUCCCCCAUUUCUUCGCGCGACCGCGACAACAGCACCGGUAUUCCCGUUGCCCGUACAAAGCUCUCUUUUUUUCGCUCCUCCAAGCAAGUAUCUAGUCUGAUCUAGUCGUGCUGCAAACGAUUUCGUUCAGUUGCAUUGAAGCCCCGAUAAUUGUCUUUUCGUGUGAUACUGACUGGACGCACCGGAUCUCGCACGUGGCGCGGAAGGCGUUGUCGAAAACCUCUACGACGAUUUGUGAAAACGACAUAGCUCGAAAAUACUAUCGUUCUUGUUGGGCGGUGAAUCAUGAUACACAAUUGGGCGUUGACUAAUAUGGAAACGAAAAAGUUGAAGUAGCGAGCAAGGCGAGCAAGUUUUGAGAAUUAAAAGACAGAAGAGCAUCUCUCGUAGUUGCAUGAUAUUGCGGAGGUGCAACGUCGGUACGAGUUUUGUAGCUGAUACAAAACGACAGGACGACCGAAUCUUCAUUUAUUGUACACAAUAGCCCGAGUACGACGCGUUAGUCGCGCUAACAAAUUCUACAAGAAGUCCUCAAGCAAUGAUAAUCCAAAUGCUUUUUGUUUGCUUUACUUGGGACUGAUUUUAGAGAUCAACGAAGUUCGUAUAAAUAGAUAAAAGAGAGAGAAACGGAGAGAGAGAUAAAAAGAGAUAUACAUCAAGUGAUAAAGCUGAGCAAAAUUCGGUGGAAAGUUUUCAAGGAAAAAGUUCUUGGAUCACCUCUGUCUACCUUAACUCGAGUCUCUACAAGGAGAGAAACAGAGAAACGCCUCUUCUCGUCUGAGCUCUCAGGUCAAGGUUCCGAGAAAAAAACGAGCCACGUGUGUCCACUUGCAAGACUGAUCCGUGCUAAACUGUUGGCUACACGUAUGGUAUUUUUUCGCGAGAUUACAUCCCUGGGAGUUAAAAGCGCGAGCCUGGCGAUCUGUGACGAUGCGCCUUCAGAAUCGAUCCCGUUCGCGAGUUACCGUGACCCGAUUGAAAUGAUCUCGACACGUUCGAUCACGGGUUAAUACACGUCGAACAGCAACGUACCGGGGGAAAAAAUGAAUUCUUGCUUUCCACACUUGGCGAUAUUGAAUCCGCGUAAUGCGAGCAAGCCGAGAGAUCGGAUCAACGACAGAUGCAUCACGAGUAGCGAAGACACCCGGACGCGAUCGAGAAGCCCGGCGCUCCCGGGGAAGAAUGACGUCUUUCAGGAUCUGGAUCUGUAUUACGUUCGGCAGAUCGCACGAAAUUCCAAGGAGUACGAUCUUGAGCAAAAAAUCGAGGUGGAAAUCAAGAUGAGAGAAGGUUCAGCAAGGCUUCUCGCGGCUGCAAAACAUCGCGCUCAGAGCUUGGAAGCGGCCAAGGCUUUGCUUACUUCCAAUGAAAGAAUGUCGGUUUACAUGGCGGAAUUGCAGAGUCGUCGCCGCGAACUUCUGAAAAAACCGUGCAUUCCUGGAAGUAUGGGCAAAUUGUCGAUUUCGGAUCUUAGAAUACCACUAAUGUGGCGAGAUUCUGAUCACUUCAAGAAUCGCGGGGAUCAUCGUCGAUUCGCUGUAUUUUGUUUGGCACGAGUGGGCACGGAAAUCCAUGACACUUCCUUAUUGUGCCCCAUCGAUAGAGCUCAUACAGAUCUCAGUUUUGCCGAUGUCUUGAUAUUUAACAAUGUGCCUGCUGAGUUCGAAGUAGUCUUAGAAAUUUACAGCCACGUUUUGCAAGAGGAUCUAAGUAUCGCUAGUACGCCAAGGAGAAUUAAAAAAACUAUUCAUUCGUCCAUCUCUAAAACUGUUGGCAAAAAGCUUGCCGCUUCGCUCCGUGACGAAUUCAGUUCCGCUAAGACUGGGCCACAGUUUGACCUGGUAGCUCGUGCAAAACUGACCCUAGACGACACGGAUGACAAUAUUCACACGCAUGAUCUUGUUAUUAAUAAUGUCGAAAAUAAGUAUCACUCUCUACCGCUCUUCGGCCACUUUUGUUGUCGAUUGGCGGCGCAGCCAGAAUGCAUUAGCAAAGAAGCGUGCAUCGGCAGCGUGAACAUAGACGGUCAGAAUUACUGGGCACGUCUACAAGGAUUUUAUUUGAAGAUUUGGGAAUCGAAGAAACACGCAGAGGAAGCUCAAAACCCGGAGCACGUGAUACCAGUUGAUAAAGGAACGUCGGUUCAAUUAUCGAAAUCUUCCAGCAAAGAACUUCUGAUAAACAAUUCUAACAAUGGCAUGGAUAAGUCAUUGUCGAUUAGGUUCGAAUCGAAGGAGGAAGCUCAAAAAUGGUCGAAGCUCUUGUCGGCACAGACUCACGAUCAUUCGAGGUGGAAGCAUGCCGCAGAAGUUAUUCAAAGAGUAUCCAGCAUUGAAAGUACAAGAAACUCUUUUAUAAGCAAUAAAAGACAAGGUUCUUUAUACGAUGAGACACCUUUAAUAGAAUCGAUCCCGUCGGAUUAUACAUCUGGAAGGCCUACUGUACAAACAAUUUUUGAUCUCACACCUAGUACUAGUUUAAGCAGUUGUAGUUCCACAAAUAGUCUAACAAGCUUGCGCUCACGUUCACUGAGUAUCAGCGGUGCGUUUAAACAAAGUGCCAUUACCCUAAAGCCUCACUUAGCUUCCUCUAAUAAAAAUAACGCGUAACAUAACAUUUUUACCAUUUUUUUACGGGAAAACCGUAAGUGCCGAAUUAUUGUACAUCGAAAGAGAUAUAUAUGGUAGGAUUUUUUUAUUUUCUACGUCAGUGUUUUACAAUCCAGAAGUAAUGUAUAUUAAAGCAAAUGCUUUAAUUUAACGUAUUAAAGAUAGGAAAAAGAUACAUAUUGUUUGAUUAGAUACAUGGUUAUACUCGGUUUAAUAAAUAUUAAUGGAAAAAUAUUGUUUUGACUGAAAACUAUGUAUUCAUAUUACAUAUUUAUUAUAUAUAAUUCGGUAUGUAUCGAAAAUUUGAGAGUAAGUGGAGACGUAGAGGAGUAUAAAAGUACAAAAGAUUUUGGUGAAAUAAUUUCUCAUUUUUUUACGUUAUAUUUUGGAGUUAUAUUAAUAAAAAAAAGAAAUAAAAGUAGCCCUAUGCAUUUAAGAAUUUAUUACAAAAUAUGUAGGAACAUUGCAAUAUCUAAUAGGGUUGUAAGACGAAUACACGUAUAUUUAUGUAUGCAACAAAUAAAAAAUAUAAUAA